AUGUCAAAACCACCUUCUCGCCCAACCCCGGUAUACGCUCAACCGCAGCGGAAAGAGGAGAUGCUUCCUCUCCCACCACGGCUCCUCCAGCCACCGACGUACCACCCCUCGAGGAACGGGAGAGCUGAGUGGCAUACCGGACUCUUCGGGUGUUGCGGGGCGAUCGAUAUCUGCUGCCCGGCACUAGUAUGCCCUUGUUGGGUUUAUAGCAGGAAUCGGGCUAGGCUCCGACAUCUCUCAGGGACGGGGCAGCCGUUGGGGAGGGAGACGAGUGCGUGGGAUGGGAAUUGUGGGUUGUAUGCGCUGUUGACGGCUGUGGGGUGCUGGGGUUGGGUAUUGGAGGGUAAUGUGAGGAGAGGGAUACGGGAGAGAUACAACAUCCCCGGGGAUUCGUGCACCGACACUUUGACGACGCUCCUCUGUCCCCCUUGUGCGCUUACGCAAGAGUCUCUCGAGCUCUCGAUAGAAGAACGGCGUUUACGGCAGGAGAGGCUGCAGGGCACUGCCGGGAUCUACGGUCCGAUGGACGACAGUGUGCUGGAAGAUCCGGUGGGGUGCGGGGAGGUGUGUUGCUGUUGUUGUCGUAUGGCUGCUGGAGGGGGCAGGGGAUGUCGGUGGUGAGAUUUGAGGAUGACUGCGCGAUUUCUUAUGCAUUUAUAUCGGGUGGAACAUGAUACCCAACUUCGACUGUAUCUACUAAUGUCACUUACAUGCCCACGCU